GUUUACUGGUACCAAUCUCAACACGGAAAUCAUAAAUUUCCCGUUUAGAAAGAGUGAAAAGAAAAAGUCGGCUGGGCUUCUGAUAGGGGCAUACUUAAAUGCUUGUCUUUGGAAACCACCUAAUCGUCUCUCCUCAAGCUCACCCAGCCUCGCAAACCUUGGAAUAUAAGCCUGUGCCCCUGUGGCUUUCUGUUUAGCUAGAGGUUGCGCCAUGGCUGCCAAUUCCGACAUUCGCGUCGUGUGUCGCAAGCUCAAAUCAACACCCGCUGAUGAUCUCCUCAAUGUCUGUCCCAGUCUUGUUCAGCAUGUCAUCCACUCUGGCCGUGCCUUGUCGGCGCCUGUUGAGCAAAAACCCAAGGAUGGCGGGAACGAGACGGCGAUGCUUGUGCAUAAGCUCAAGACACAUAUUACCACCCUGUUGAACGGCAAGACGCCAGCGAGUCGUUUUGCUGGAAUGGCUCUGGUAAAGUCGGUUGUGGACGCUGGAGGAUGGGAAUGCUUGAGGGCUGCCGAGCCCUGGGUUCGGGGAUUAUUGUCUAUGCUUCAGAAACCGGACCCUGUGUCUGCAAAAGAACUGUGUGUGGUUACUCUGGUGAGGAUAUACACUCUUCUCCAUGAGUAUCCGACUCUGGUCAGGGAAAUCGCCACGCCCACAAUUCCAAACUUUGCAAACGCCUGUCUUCAGAUACUGAAGUCAUCGCCCACAUCAAAGUCCCCCAAGGCGCCCCUGGAUUUUGUCGAAACCAUCAUCAGCGCGUUUGGUGCCCUGGUGCCUCUGUACCCAACGACUCUGCGCCCUUUCAACUCACAGAUAAAGUCUGUCAUUCGGCUGUACCUGGCCCCUACCUCUUCGGACCCGGUGGUGGUACCUUCAAGCCUGCAGCAGGCUUCGAGGCGUCUCGCCGUACUUCUGCACAACACAGCACCCAAGAACACGCACCCGGAGGAGUGGGCCAACCUUCUCGCGGUAUGGAUCAAGGACUCCCACGCCACGGCGGACCAGGUUUUCCGAGCCGUGAAUGAGUCCUGGGAGCCAUCGAUGGGACGUUCGUCGCGCAACGUCUCCACGGAUGGCGAGCCAGAAGGAGGCGGAAAGUUGGCCGAAGAGCUACCCACCUGGUCAGGUCUGAGUUGUGGAGCACAAAGGCUACUAGGUCUCUUGGCUUCAGUCUCGGAGGCUAUACGGACGCCUACCAAGUCCACCGUCGUGCUGCCAGUUGCUGCACUCACCGACCUCACUUCAAGGGUUUUGCUGGUGAAUGCCCCGACACCCAGCAGCCACGAGCGCGAUCUCGGCACGCAGCUGAACCCUGGCAUUGGGCGAGAGGAGCGCGACGAACUCUGGAGUGUGCUCCCACAUCUCCACGUUUCAGCGCUUCAGCUCCAGCUCCUACUGGUGCAGCGUUUGGGAAAGAGCUCGAUACCCCUGAGCUCUUCGAUACUCGACCAGGCCGUGCGCGCCCACGCCUUGAACCCUAAGCUUUCUGCCACCCGUCAAGUCACAUUUACCCUGAUCCGCGAGAUUCUUCUCAUCUGCGGUCCAUCCUUGCCCAAAAUCUCCGUCGACACCCUGGGCCCGGUCAUCCAGAGCUGCUGCCACGACCUGCUCGCCGCAGCCGGUUUCGCGCCGGAACAGAAGCCCAUCGAGGACAGCCGGCAGGGCAACGGCAACAACGGCGCCAAGGCAGGCGCGGGCAAGGGGAGCAUCCAGGCGAACGCCGACCUCUUCCUACCCAACAAGGACAAGGACUCCACCGCGACCCAACAGCAAAGGCAAGGCGCCGCGGUCGACGAGCCCCUGCUCUCGGCGGCGCGGGCCCUGCUGGAGGCCGCGCUGUCGCACCUCCCGCAGCACCACCUCAAAAAGGCCGACCGCGCGCUGCUGGACCGCACGGCGAUCCUCUCGCGCGACAAGGCGGCCAUGCUCGCGGGCGUGCUGCACCCGUACAUGGACAGGAGCGGGCGGCUGUUUGCAAACACGUAUCCGUUCCUGGCCCGGCAGCACCCGCACGACGCCGGCGUGGAGCUGCUGAGGAGCAACCUACGCACCAAGCCGCACCACUUUGGCAGCGUGCUGGCGGCUGGGCAGGAGCGACGUGGAGGGGGAACAGAGAGCGAUGUGGAAGAUGAAGACGAGGCGGCGCCGGCUAGGGUCUCGACGGUGACGGUCGUGAACGACGACGAUGACGACAUGGCCGUCCAGAACCAAUUGCAGAUUGAGGCGUCGGCCGCAGAGCCUGUUGGGUUUGCUCAACAUCUGCAGAGCAUCGAGAUGGAGGUGGACAGCCCGGCCGUGGACGAGAAGAAAUCAAACGAGGCGCCAUUCGUGCCUCUGGUGCUCAAGCGCAAGAGCGUUGAGGUAGAGUCCGAGAUUCCCGCCAAGAGGCAGGACAAGGGCAAGGAGCCCGAGGCCGCGAUACCAGUGCAGGAGCAGGUCAAAGCAUCCGCCGGGGAUGGCAGCGACAGUGAUGAUGAGAGUGUGCAUCUCGAGAUGGCAUUUGAUGAAGAUGACGAAGAUGAAUGAUAUAUAUAUAUAUAUAUGGUCCAGAAUAGAGGCAUGUCAGUAUGGCGUUUCUAAUAUUGAGGGGUUUAUAUCAGUACCAAAAGUCAUGGCACAAGGCUGCACCAAAAACUCAUGCUCAUAUGUCUUUGAAUCAUUGUUGUUCACAUCCAGUCUGAACGCCAUUGGAUCGCUGGAGGUAUCUUGAACACAUGAAGGCUUUCGAAUUGCACUCUAUUGUGGCCUAUGGGAUGCGGGUCUUUCAGCUUCCCCUCCCAGAUAUAUAAUUAUCAAAUAUUUCUAUCCUAGAUCGAGAAUGGGUAGCCAAAAAUUGAGGCUCAGCGGAUUCAACAUGUUCAAAGCGAGACCGUAAUAGCGGCAAGCUUCUUCCACAUCAUCUCAAUCACGCAACCAAGCCCUCCGCUUCUCUUCUUUCCUGGCUUUCCUCUUCUCCUUGAAGUGCUUCAGCUCGCCUUUAGUCAGACGCUUCCCAGCUCUUUCAGCCUUCAGGCUGCGGCCAUCGUGUGAAUUUGCCGCUGCAUCAACGUCAAAAAAGGCACUCAUCUGUCGCCGUGACUUGGCAUCAUCGCUGUGAUUCUCAGGACCAACGUCUGGUCGUUGGUACUGGCCUGUCAAGCGGUUGAACUGAGCGCCAGAAGCAUACAGUGCUGCCGCUGCCGGAUCAGACAAGUGCACAUUUUCGGCAGCAUCGUCAUCCCCCGGCAGCUGGCCUGCCUUUUUUUGUUCUGCAACCCAGUUGUCAUAGUCUCCGUGUAUGGCUGGGUUGUACCCUCCGGCAACAGUAGGCAGGGGCGGAGGGGCUGGCGUCGUAUCAGCAGUCGAGGAAGAGGCUACGGCUACGGUCUGACGAGGAUUUUCCCAGGUGGUUUGGCCAGUAAAUCGAUUGAGGAAGUAGUAUGCUUGGUGCGUUGGGUCCCAUUGAUAGGUCCAGCCAUCGUCUUCAGCUUCUGGGAGGGGUUCAUUGGGUAGUUGCGGCUGCGGUUGCGGUUGCGAGUCGCCUGGAGGUUGUGACGAAGUGGCAUCAUCCUCCGCAGUAGGCUCCUUGCUGGCCUCUGUGCUGUCUGAUUCAGGUUCGUCGUGUGGCGGAGCGGCGGGGGAAGAAGACGAUGCAUCGACCUUUGCAGUAGAAUCGGUAGAGCCAGAGGGAUCCACGGUUUCUGUGACAGCAGGCUCCUUGGCGUCAUCCAAGCGCUCAUUCUCAGAGCCUUGUGGUGACAAACUGGUUUGGUUCCCAGACUCGCCCUUGCCAAGAUCAUCGUGGUCGGACUGAGGUAUGCCAACUUGAUCGACUGUUGCGACCGUGCCUGUGGCGGUAUCUGAGGUAGAUUGUGCGGGUGUAGUCGCCAUAUCGAUCUCAAUGAAUACAAAACAAUUCUUCCGGGUGCCUCUAGACUAAUUCAUUGUUCAGUAUCCGCGGUGAGCCCUCUUGAAAGAGAGAUGGAGGGUCCUGGAGGAUCCAAAAGUGUACUCAAAUGGAAACUUGUUGGAGACACGACCAUGGCUGGGCCUUACGAUACUAGUAGUAUAGCUAUGUAUGUGUAUAUUGCGCGUGUUUAUAUGUAUGUGAUCCCACGCUUUGAUUAAGAGUUUGCGUUAGGGAUUGGUGGAUGCUUUGGCGAUGACGAGAUUGUGGGUUGAGUUGGU